AUGGACAGAGCUCGCAGUUGUUCCAACAAUGGCGGCCACUCGGCGCCGGCGCUGUUAAUCGUCUUCUUCGCGCUGCUACCUUUACUAUCUGCUGCUCCCAGGAACGUCCAGCUUCAACUUCAACUUCAACUUCAGAAUCAUUUGGACAGACUCAAUAAGCCCCCAAUCAAAUCAAUUCAGAGCCCCGACGGGGACAUCAUCGACUGCGUGCACAUAUCCCAACAGCCCGCUUUCGAUCAUCCUUUCCUCAAAGACCACAAAAUCCAGUCGAUCCCCGGAGGGCUGUUCGACGAUGUCAAGAUUUCAGAAGCAAUUCACAAAGACAAGAAAACAGCCAAUCCUGCAGUCACUCAGCUCUGGCACGCCGGCGGCCGGCGGUGUCCGCCCGACACUGUCCCCAUAAGAAGAACGAGCCAGGACGACGUGCUCCGGGCGAGCUCCAUCAAAACUUACGGGAAGAAGAACCACAGAAGCUUCCCUAAGCCCCGGUCAGCAGACUUCAUGAACCAGAGUGGCCAUCAGCACGCCAUAGCUUUCGUCCAAGGCGGGAAGUAUUAUGGAGCAAAGGCAACAAUCAAUGUCUGGGAACCUAAGAUUCAGCAGCCUAAUGAAUUCAGCUUAUCCCAAAUGUGGCUGCUUGGAGGUUCUUUCGGCCAAGAUCUUAACAGCAUUGAAGCUGGUUGGCAGGUCAGCCCGGAUCUCUACGGCGACAACAACACCAGGCUCUUCACUUACUGGACUAGCGAUGCAUAUCAAGCGACGGGGUGCUACAACCUUCUCUGCUCGGGCUUCAUUCAAGUAAGCAGUGACAUAGCAAUGGGCGCAAGCAUCUCUCCGGUGUCUGCAUUUCGAAAUUCCCAAUACGACAUUAGCAUUCUCAUCUGGAAGGAUCCAAAAGUCGGGAACUGGUGGAUGCAGUUCGGGGAUGACCAUGUGAUGGGCUACUGGCCAUCAAUCUUGUUUUCCAACUUGGGGGACAGCGCAUCCAUGAUCGAAUGGGGCGGAGAGGUGGUGAAUUCACGGCCAGACGGGCGCCAUACCUCGACUCAAAUGGGGAGCGGGCAUUUUCCGGAAGAAGGGUUCGGAAAAUCGAGCUAUUUCCGGAACAUCCAAGUGGUGGACAAGGCUAACAAUCUUAAGCCUCCAAAGGAUCUUGGCACCUACACAGAGCAAUCCAACUGUUAUGAUGUGCAACCUGGCCACAACAAGGAAUGGGGACAUUAUUUUUACUACGGAGGCCCUGGUAGAAACCCUAAUUGCCCAUGAAAAACAGGCAAGAAGAAAUGGAUGAACAGCCUUACCCUUUUGACAAG